AUGAGCGACGAAACCCUCAAGCGCCCUUCAUCUCCCGGCUCUGAUAACCUACAUACUCUCAAAUUACAAAAGACCAACAGCAACAACACCACCAUGCCUUCUGCAGUCUCAAACGGCGCGGCCGCCGCCAACAUCGUCGGCGGAAACCCCGUCGCCCGCCCCCGGUUGAGCAAGCCGCUCGUCUACUCUGGCUCGUUAGACAGCUUCAAGAGCGCGGACGUCACCCCUGUCAUUGGUCGGGAGUACGAGGGCCUCCAGGUUGUUGAUCUUCUCAAGGCUGAUGACCAGGUCAUCAGAGACUUGGCUGUCACGAUUUCUCAGCGCGGUGUUGUCUUUUUGCGAGACCAGCAUGUCACGCCAAACCAAAUGAAGGACUUUUGCCUCCGCCUCACAGAGCUCGCCGGAUGUCCCGAAUCAUCAGGCCUUCAUAUCCACCCCCUGACCGAGGAAGGCAGCGAGCUCGGUGAUCAGAUUAGCGUCAUUAGCAGCGAGAAGCAGAAGAAAGGAGGCGGUCUCACCCACCAACUGAGCGACGUGAGCCGCUUCGCCAGCGCCGGCUGGCACACUGACAUAUCCUUCGAGCAAGUCCCCUCGGACUACGCAAUGCUCAAGAUCCACACCUUGCCCCCGACCGGUGGUGACACUUUGUGGGCUUCUGGGUAUGAGAUCUACGACAGACUCUCCCCUGCCAUGCAGAAGUUCUUCGAGGGGCUGACGGCCACCCACGACGCCACAUUCUUCCACGAAGAGGCCCGAAGGCUGGGCAACCCCCUCCGAGAAGGUCUCCGAGGCUCGCCGCUGAACAAGGGCUCCGAGCUCAAGGCCGUCCAUCCCGUCAUCCGCACCAACCCCGUGACUGGCUGGAAGUCCGUCUACGUGAACAAAGGCUUCACGAAGCGCAUCAACGGCGUCACAAAGGAUGAGUCCGACGUCCUCCUCAACUAUCUCUUCAACCUCGUCACCCAGAACCACGACGCCCAGGUCCGCUUCAAGUGGCGCCAGAACGACCUCGCCAUCUGGGACAACCGGAGCAUGUGGCACUGCGCGACCUACGACUACGUCGAGGCCAGGGCGGGCGACCGUGUGGCGUCUCUUGGCGAGGCGCCCUAUCUUGACUUGAACAGCACGGGCAGAAGGGAGGCUUUGGGGUUAUGA